UAGAGCUGCGACGCAGUGAGUGAGGCUCGUGGAGGAGCUUCAGGAGUGAGAGAGUGUGAGAGAGAGAGUGUGAGAGAGUGAGAGAGAGAGAGUGAGAGAGAGUGAGAGAGAGUGUUGUAGCGGGAGUAUGUUGUCUGUGCCGGAGAACAAACAGGAGGAGGAGGCGGGAGAGCCGGAGGAGCCGCAGGAGCCGCGCGGAGUGAAGCGGAAAAUCUCCCUGACUCGCUGUGAUGUGUGUGAAGCUGAGGAGGCGAAGUACAGGUGUCCCAACUGCCUGAAGUUCUCCUGCAGUCUGUCCUGUGUGAAGCAGCAUAAGCAUGAGUCGGGCUGCAGUGGCGUUCGGGAUAAGACGGCCUUCCUUCGUCUCUCUCAGUUCAGCGAAAUCAACCUGCUCAAUGACUACAGGUUUCUGGAGGAAACGGCUCGCGUGGCAGACAAACCCAGCAGAGACUCGCUCCUGCAUAUUAAUCCUCAACACAGCACCACUGUGAAGCUGGUAAGGAGGAACGCAGUAGCAGCCAAGGUCGACCUGAAGAUCCUCCCCAAAUCCUUCACCAGACGCAAAGAGAACACCUCCAUCUACAUCAAAGUAGAGCGGAAGCUGUACUGGCACCUGAAGCUGCACUUCCCCCAGAGCAGUGCCCAGUACACUGACAGGGUGCCGGAAGACCAGCUUCUUGAGCAGAUUCUCAGUAACUACAUCCACCCCACUGAAUCAGACCCAGUCAAGCGCCAAAGGUUGAAGCUGUACGUUCUCUCUCCUCCUGGUCAGCUGUGUGUGUUUAUGAAGUCGGAGCAGAGGCAGCCCGGCUCUCUGAGGUACCAUGAGCUGGAUGUGAAGAAGAGUCUCCAUGACAACCUGAUGUUCAAAACAGUGGUGGAAUAUCCAGAGCUCUAUGUUGUCCUGAAUGAGCGCUGUCAGGAAUACCGCACCCGGUUCCCAGAGAGGAAGAGUGUGGUGAAGUCCAGUGACCUGUCUGUAUCAAGCUCCAGAGAUGAUCCAGAACCUACAGUGGUCCUGAAACAACCAGAGAAGAGGAGGAAAUGCAUGGUUGAUGAGUCAGAGUUGGAAGAAGGAGAGAUUAGGAGUGAAAAGGAGGAGGAAGGGGAUGAAGAUGAGCUUGUUCAUAGUGUUGGUCAUGCUAAAGAGCAAAAAAGCACAGACACAGAUCGUAAUCCUCCUCACAAAGAUGAAAGUUCUGAUGAUGAAGAUGAUGAUGAUGGUGACAAUGCUGAGGAUGUAACCAUGGAGACAAAUCGUGAUCUGCAAUGUGAUAAUGGGGGUGAUGACGAUGGUGAUGGUCAAGUUGAUGGUGUUGAUAAUGCUGAUGUUGCUAUUGACCAAAAGGUAACCAUGGAAACAAACAGCCCUCUUCCUCAUGAUCAGAGUGAACAGAGUGGUGAUGAAGGUCGCCAGGGUGGUGUUGACAGUGCUCCUCCUCUCAGUGACCAAAAGGUAACCAUGGUAACAGACAGUCCUCUUCCUCCUGGUCAGAGUGAACAGGGUUGUGGUGCUGACAGUGCUGCUGCUCUCAAAGACCAAAAGGUAACCAUGGUAACAGACUGUCUUCCUUCUUCUGCUCAUGAUCAAAACACUGAUCAUGAUGGUGGUGAUGGUCAUCAAAGUGGCGCUACUGAUAACCAAAAGUGACCAUAGAAACAGAUGGUCUUUAUUAUCAUUGUGAAGAGGAGGAUGUCAAGUCAUCCGUGUUGAAGGUGCAGCUGCUGUUAAUGACCAAACCAUGUAACCAUGGAAACCGAUUGCCUUCAGUUAGCUUCUCAUGAUAAGCCUGUUGAUGACCAUGAUCAGGGUCAUGUUGGUGGACACGGCAAUGGACAAAUACAGGCUGAAAGUGUGGAUGCAAUGGAAAGACCACUUGUUGACUGAUAGGUUCUCUUAAAUUAGUACAGUAUUACUUUUGUUUUUGUAACUUUAUUAUGAAGAAUGAUGGAGCCAUUCACAGUCACCUACUGACAACUAUAUCAACCGUUUUAUUUCCUCUUUUCUGCGCAAUAUUUUAUUUGGCAAGUCCAGUUUUAUACUGUGAAUGUUUUCUAUAAUUUUCUUAUUUGUGAUUCCACCCUUGCAGCCUCAUUUAAGAGGUUCGUACGCAGUGAUGAGGUAUACAUACGGAAAUGAACAGGGAAUCCCUCAAAUUUCAACAUACUUAAACGGCUAACAUGUUUCUAGAGAAACUCACAUUGGUGGUGGCAGGAACCAGACAUCCACCUCUAAAAGCUCCCUCACCCAACGUUAGUCCUUGGAGUGAAUAUACUGCCUGUUGUCCAAGAUGCUUUACAAUAAUUUUAAGGCCAUUUAUUGGCCUAGAAUAUGUCUUUUGAGUGGAGCUGUGCACGCAGGGCACGAUAAGGCAAAAUAGUUUCUCAGAUUUAUGACUCAAAGUGGUGGUUUUGGAUAGUAAAUAAAGUUUGUGUAGACAUUAGGACCUCUGGUUCCUAUCACCACCACUGAAAUCAGUCAGUACCCUCCACAUCCUCCUGUCAAUGCACUCUGACUGUAUACGGUAUCCAUCUCUAUUAAAUUCUGCAGAUAUUUUGUGAAAUUCACAUUUAACAGGUUCACUUUGGUUCAUUCUUCUACAGAGUAAUGAGCAGGACAGGCUGAUGUGGGCGUGAUUUGUGUUUUCCUUUCUAUGACAUCAGUUUUUAAUAAAAAGGGGUGUGUCCCGGUCAAAUUAUU